AGAUAGAUAGAUAUAUAUAUAUAUAUGUAUAUGUAUAAGAAUAGACUGAGGUGCCGCCAUCCAUUUUGCUCCAACACUGACAAUUGCGUUUUGGGUUUUUUAAAAAUUACCGUCCACGUGAUUUGUCGUGACUGACCUGACCAUCUCUCUCUCUCUCUCUCUCGCUCUCUCUCUCUCUCUCUCUCUCUCUCUCUGUCUCUCUCUCUCUCUCCUUGUCCUCUCGCGACGCAGUCGCCCGUCCCAGCACUGCACCAACAAGCCAUUAAAUAUAGGCCUAUAUAUUUCCUAUUUUUCCGUAGUAUUUGACUUAUUUUUGGGACAGAUGACGACAUCUUUUCAGUUGUUCUUUAUUUUGAUAUAAAGGAGUUUUUGUUUUUGUUUGUUUGUUCUUAAAAAAAAAAAAAAGGGUGGACAAUGGACGUGCGAGCCAAGAAAAUCGGCUGAGGAUUUUCUUGGCGUGUGUGUCGGUUUUGGGACUCGAGGACAACAGGCAUGACUUUGCAGCAUCCGCAGCACUGAACCAAAAUUCCCCCCAAAAAAAAAGAGAAACGAAAGGAGGCGAAUACUUCGGCAUCUUGCGCUCUUUUUUCCCCUCGACCGCGAGGCCCUCCCGUUUUCUGGAUUCAAUCUUUGGAGCAGAAAAGAUGGCUCACCUGAUCCGCCACAAGCUGACCAACAAGCUGACCAACGCGGCCCACGCGGUCUCCAACAAGUCCCAGGCCAAGGUCAGCGGCGUGUUCGCCCGCCUCGGCUUCCAGGCCGCCACGGACGAGGAGGGCGUGGGAUUCGCCGAGUGCGACGACCUGGACUACGACUACAGGCGAGGCAUGCAGAUGGACGUCCUGCAGACGGGCGGAGAGGGCGGAGAGGGCGGAGAGGGCGGAGAGGACGGCCCGGAGGACGGGGACAGCCACUACCAGAGGGACGGCACCGGCACCGGGCCCCAGGCCCUCAAGACCGCGGGGUCGCAGGAUGAGGACAAGCCCAAGAUCACGUCGUGGGAGGCUGGAUGGAACGUCACCAACGCCAUCCAGGGCAUGUUCGUCCUCGGCCUGCCCUACGCCAUCCUGCACGGCGGCUACCUGGGCCUCUUCCUGAUCAUCUUCGCCGCGGUGGUGUGCUGCUACACGGGCAAGAUCCUCAUCGCGUGCCUCUACGAGGAGAACGAGGACGGCGUCAAGGUGCGCGUGCGCGACUCCUACGUGGACGUGGCCAACGCGUGCUGCGCGCCCCGCUUCCCCGCGCUGGGCGGCCACGUGGUCAACGUGGCGCAGAUCAUCGAGCUGGUGAUGACGUGCAUCCUGUACGUGGUGGUGAGCGGCAACCUGAUGUACAACAGCUUCCCGGGGCUGCCCGUCUCGCAGAAGGCGUGGUCGGUGGUGGCCACCGCCGCCUUGCUGCCCUGCGCCUUCCUCAAGAACCUGAAGGCCGUGUCCAAGUUCAGCCUGCUGUGCACGCUGGCCCACUUCGUCAUCAACGUGCUGGUGAUCGCCUACUGCCUGUCGCGGGCUCGGGAGUGGGCGUGGGAGAAGGUCAAGUUCUACAUCGACGUCAAGAAGUUCCCCAUCUCCAUCGGCAUCAUCGUGUUCAGCUACACCUCGCAGAUCUUCCUGCCGUCCCUGGAGGGCAACAUGCAGAAUCCCGGCGAGUUCCGCUGCAUGAUGGACUGGACCCACAUCGCCGCCUGCGUCCUCAAGGGCCUCUUCGCCCUGGUGGCCUACCUGACGUGGGCCGACACCACCAAGGAGGUCAUCACGGAUAACCUGCCCAGCGCCAUCCGCGCGGUGGUCAACCUCUUCCUGGUGGCCAAGGCGCUGCUGUCCUAUCCGCUGCCUUUCUUCGCCGCCGUCGAGGUCCUGGAGAAGUCGCUGUUCCGAGACGGCGGGCGGGCCUCGUUCCCCGACUGCUACGGGCCGGGCGGCCAGUUGAAAUCGUGGGGCCUGGGGCUGCGGGUGGCCCUGGUGGUCUUCACCCUGCUCAUGGCCGUCUUCGUCCCCCAUUUCGCCCUCCUCAUGGGUCUGACGGGCAGCCUGACGGGCGCCGGCCUGUGCUUCCUGCUGCCGAGCCUCUUCCACCUGAAGCUCCAGUGGAGGAACCUCCUGUGGCACCACGUCUUCUUCGACGUGGCCAUUUUCGUCAUCGGCGGCAUUUGCGCCAUAUCGGGCCUCAUCCACUCCAUCGAAGGGCUCGUAGAGGCGUUCAGGUACAAUAUCCAAGACUGAGAGCUUUUCGCCGACGACCUUUAACCCCCCGACGCCCCGCUCCACUCCCCGCUCUGCGGGUCACGACGACGAAGAAGCCCGCGAGGAGGAGCAUGUGUGUGAAAUCGUUUUUAAUUUUGCCUUUGUGAAAACGUGCAAUAAUAAACUCUACAAUCAUAGUAUCAAAUAGUCUCCGACGGUAACGUCGCGCAGAGGGGACGCGACCUCCUGAAGGGGGCGUGGCCAAAGAUGUCAAAGGGUGAAACACGGCUCAAAGCUCAAGUGUGCGCGUGGUGAUAUUUGGGCUGGGCUGGGAAAUACGUGGACGAAAGAACGGACUUUACGUUGUACGACAGGGGGCCUCGAUUUACGGCGGCGUUCUGUUCCCAAAUUGGGAUGCAAGGCGGCGGAAUUGCUAACCGGGGACGGAGCCGGGAAUUUUCAAAAUGAAAUUGUCGACCUGAGUUUGGGGGGGGGGGGGGGUGUUGCUCAAUAUCUUUAGAGUGGCCACGCCCACCCUUGCCACCCCCUGGCUCCGCCUCCUGUUGCUAACCUAUGCUAAAGCAUACCUGGAGUCACAAUUACAGUAAGUACUUUUAUGAAAGACACUUCUCGGCCAUAAAUAUGAAACAGGGAUGUCCAAACUAUGGCCCGGGGCAAUUUAUGGCCCGGCGUCCAUUUUGUAGGGGCCCGCGACAUCUACUAACAAUUUCAUUUUGACAGGGUACACAACCCUAUUUUAACACAGGGAUGGGGCUGGGGUUGGGGGGCAUCAUGAAAAGUGUGUGUGUGUGCGUUUGGGGGGGGGGGUUUGGGACACCCACCCACCCAUAACCGCUACUACGACUAAUAAUCCGUGCCCGUGCUGCGUGUCAAGGUCCAAAUUGUGAACAUAUCCCCAUUAUUACAUUCGUGAGCUUCAAGCUGCUCUAAAUCUUGCUCACUUUGGUUCUGAAUGCGAAGUAGCGGAUCGAGUCACGUUAAUCAACGUUUAACAUAAAGCUGUGAUGCAGCGGUUUUUCAAAAUACCCGCAAUAUAUAAUUGCUUGAUGGACGAGUGUUAGCAGGUUUCAUAAAUGAAAGUUUAUUAAAAGUUCCAUUUUUUGGUAAGCGUCCCCCAUACGAGAAACGUUGGACUCCCCGCACGUAAAACAAUCGAACGAAACAAAGUAUACUGUUGCGCUAACUACGUGUGUAUCGGAACCGGCGUAAAUGGAGGCCCUCCUGUUCUGCUGUUUAAGCUGCUAUAAGGAAAAGUCCGCACAAACACGUGUAUUUAAAAACAACUCGCUGUAUGAAAAUAAAUCUUCUCCCCCUUUGAUGACACAUGCAAGCGGAUAGAGAAGGCAGUCCUUGUCCUGCUGAUUCGCAAUCGUAAAACUAUGAAAGAGGUUUAACGUUUACGAUCGUCGGACCGACCGGUUUGCGAGCGGAUCGUGGAGGAAAACUGUCAGUUAACACAUCCCACACCACAAGAUGAUCACGCAGGAAAAUAUUUCAGAACCAUCCGAGAACAAAUUGAUCUAAAUUGGCCCGAUUAUCGGCACGUGUUUUUCCCCCUGAAAAAUUCGGUGUGACUCACUUGUUCGGGAGGGGUGAUCGACUUCAGGUGUUCCACCUUCUACUCCGUUUGUUUUUUUUUGGGGGGGUAAAAGAAACAACAACAAAAACCGGGCCAAGUUUGGAGAUAUGCGCUUUUCAUUGUUCAGUGACGAAAUACUCAACAAGCUCAACAAGUAUGUUGCAAAUCACCUGUACGCCUGCCAUUGCACACAAGCAAGCCCACUUCGCUGAGGAUAUCGCGUUAGUUUUGCUGACAUCGCACAAUCGCGAGGUAUCAUCUAUCUCUAUGCAAAUGAUAACCACUCAAUUCUGGAACAUCUCCAGCCUGGCCAGAGUUUGGCCUUUUUUUUCCCUUCCCCCCCCCUUGUGUGUGUGUUUUUAAUACCUGUAAUCGUGUGGACGUUGCCUCAAUCUAAAGUCACCUUUCCACUUUAAAGUCUAGCCCAGUUGGGUCCACCCGACCCCGUACUGUUUGGAACGAUAAAUCCCGAUCUGGAUUUGGUGUCCGCUUAGGGUUAGGGUGACGUCAGCUACCUACGAAGUGCGACAUCGCGAGCUCGCCAAGAAGAAGGCCACACAGUGAAAUGUCUUCGAGCAAUUGAAGCCAUCGCACAAUACGACGCAUCCACUUCUCAUCCUUUUAGUAGCAUUCCACUGUGGCAUGCUGCGCCAUCUAUUUGGGUACCCUUUAACAACUUUGGGCAAUAGUCACACUCCAAACAAUGAACUGAACCGUGUGGUAGGAACGGGCAGGCACCCUUCGGUCGAGGUGCUGCGCUUUAAAAAACAAAACAAAAAAAAACCCCCAUGAAUAUCUUCGGUGUAGUUGUUUGUUGAUAAUACUUUUGUCAGUUUGUUUGGUGCUUUUGUUUUUCCACCUCAGUAGAGCUCGUGGGUUUGUUCGUUUUUCCUCGCUGUUGCCAAUGUUAUGCUGGAUGGAGUGAAUUUUGACGUGCAAGCAAAUGGCUCCUUCUCGUGUCGUACGCAAAAAAAAGUGUUUGUCGGACGAUAUUCUCUCCCUGUUGAACCUGUCAAUUGUGAUUAAAUGGAACUAAUCAUGGUGUGUGAGACAAAGACUAUUUGUUGAAUCAAGCGAUAAAUAAAUGGAAUAUUUUAUGGCU